AUGCAGACUCCGUCUCUUAUCCAGGUUCUCCUGACGGGCCUCCUGGCCUCGUCCCAGGUCACCGGCUUCCAGGUUCAGCCUGCUGCUGGUGGAGCCGCUCUGGCCAGACGCUAUGCUGGAGCUCUGGCUGCUCUCGCCGCGCCGGCCAUGUGCAAACCCAUCUACGAGCCGCACACCGGUCGUCGCCAGGUUGACGAUGAUGACGACGAUGACGAUGAAGACGAGGAGGAUUGGGAGUAUGACGAGGACGAGGACGAGGAUGAGGAUGUCGACGACGACACGGACAAGCUGAAGCCCUGGCCGAAGCCCAAGCCCAAGCCCAAGCCUAAGCCGACGCCGACCAAGAAGCCGUUCCCAACUCCAUCCAAAAAGGCAAAGGCCACCCCCACCAAGAAGCCUUUCCCCAGCCUGCCGACCCCGUCCAAGAAGGCCAAAGCCACGCCUACGAAGAAGCCCUUCCCUUCUCUCCCAACCCCCAGCAAGAAGGCAAAGGCCACUCUGACCAAGAAGCCCUUCCCGAGUCUCCCAACGCCGAGCAAGAAGGCCAAGGCGACGCUCACCAAGAAACCGUUCCCCAGCUUGCCUACCCCCAGCAAGAAGGCGAAGGCGACCUUGACGAAGAAGCCUCUCCCUUCCUUGCCGACUCCGUCGAAGAAGGCCAAGGCUACUGCCACCAAGAAGCCGUUCCCGUCUCUGCCUACUCCGAGCAAGAAGGCUAAGGCUACGGCGACAAAGAAGCCGUUCCCCAUCCCGACGGGGAAGCGCAUGUGA